CCGGAGGACAAAUCCCCCCGUGAGACCCUGGUGGGAGAGGCCGUUUUGAAGGGCUCCACGGCGCAGGAAGGCAGCGGGGAGGAAAAGGGCCGGAGAUCCCCCCGCAGGAGGGGCUCCAAAGCCAGCCCAGGGUGCUCUGAGGAGGAAAGACCCAGCCUGGGCCGGGAAGGCGGCCGGAGCUUGAGGCAGAGCUCUGAGCUGGUGGUCCCAGAGCAGCCUCCCAGCAGGGAGAAGCCCUUCAGGUGCUUGGAAUGUGGGAAGAGCUUUAGGCUGAGCUCCCACCUGCUCCGACACCAGCACAUCCACACUGGGGAACGUCCCUACCCAUGUGGGGAAUGUGGGAAGAGCUUCAGUGACAACUCCAACCUGAUCAGCCACCAGCGCAUCCACACUGGGGAACGUCCCUACACGUGUGGGGAAUGUGGGAAGAGGUUUCACACCAGCUCAGUUCUCAUCGUGCACCAGCGGACGCACACGGAUGAGAGGCCCUUCCGCUGCACCGACUGUGGGAAGGGCUUCAAGUACAACUCCACGCUUGUCACCCACCAGCGCAUCCACACGGGGGAGAGGCCCUACGAGUGUGGGGAGUGUGGGAAGAGGUUUCAAUGCAGCUCGAAUCUCAUGCAGCACCAAUGGACGCACACGGAUGAGAGGCCCUUCCGCUGCACCGACUGCGGGAAGGGCUUCAACCAGAACUCCAACCUUGUUACCCACCAGCGCAUCCACACCGGGGAGAGGCCCUACAAGUGUGGGGAGUGUGGGAAGAGCUUCACCCACAGCUCUACCUUGACCAAACACCAACAGACCCACCAGUAAGAGAAGCCCUGCGAGUGCCCCGACUGCGGGAAGAGCUUCGGCCGCUGCUUCCACCCCGAAUGAAGCCCCUGAUGCUGAGGCAACCCCUGGAGUCCAGUGACUGUCAGUCCAUCCCUUUCGACCUCAAAGAGCCACUCCCCUUUCACAGGGGCAGCUUCUGCCAACAGAACCCUUCCUGGCAGGGUGUUUGGAGAUUCCUGCCUUGGCUGGGGACCCCCCAAGGUCACUG